AUCCAACCAUCAAGAUGAAAGUCCUGCUAUGCAUGAUUGUGGUAGCAUCCGUGUGUGGCGUUAACCUUGCUGCUCCCCUGGACGGUCAGCAGCAGACGCUAGCAGCAGUCGAAGGUGCAGAAAAGCGUCAGGAAAAGCGUGGCAUUGGUCUUGCAUACACUGGACUGACCGGAUUUGGCGCUUAUGACACAUCGCUCGGGCUAGCUGGCUAUCCUGCAACCGCUUACAUCACACCCACCGUAAUUAAAUCAACGUACACCGUUCCGGCUGCAGCUACAUACCAUACGACAGCCUACGAUGCAGCUCACAGUAAAAUCGCCUACGGUGGAUUCUAUCCUGCCAGUUAUGGAGCAUUCAGUACAGGAGGAUAUGGUGCGUUCGCGGCACCGGCCAGCUACAGCAAAAUCGUUCAUCCGGCCACUAGUACGUAUACGAAGGUUAUUCAGACGUAUCCGUCGGCAACGGUAGUAUCAGCAGGUACACCGGCUGUCGCAAGCUACACGGGAGUGGGCAGUCUUGGGGGAUACGUUUACUAG